CCUAGCUAUAUCUAGGGAUUCCGUGCACUGUUGUCAACAUAUGGUCCUAUCAUGCAGGGAACCAAGAAUGGAGAGUUGACGGCCAAACAAAUCGAAAAUCUACCGGUAGAUAUCAGCUCGAGUAAACUGCUUGACUGGCUGAUAGAUCGCAGGCAUGUAAAUCUGAAAUGGCAGUCUGCUGCCCUCGUCGUACGUGAGAAGAUUAAUCAUGCUAUCCAGGAUAUGCCAGAAGUGGAGGAGAUUAAAAAGCUCUUGGCUGGAACAUAUAUCAACUACUUUCAUUGCUUGAGGAUUGUUGCACUGCUGAAAGUUUCAGAAGAGAGUAGCAAGAAUAUGUUUGGUUACUAUUCAUCUCAGCGCAUGAAAGAUUGGCAGGAGAUUGUGAGGCUGUAUGAGAAAGACAAUAUCUAUCUUGCAGAAGCAGCUCACAUGCUAAUCAGAAACGUGGGAUUUGAAGUUCCAUCUCUGAAGAAACAGAUCGCAAAGUGCCAACAGCUACAAUCAGAAUGCUCUAAGAAAGAGAAGGACUAUGCAGAGAGUGCAAGCUCAGCUAGAGAUGAAUACAAACAAUCAUGCAAGCAGCUCGGUAUAAAGGGAGAAAAGAUCCGAUCAGAAUUGCUAGGACUGGUUUCAGAGCUCCCUCAGACGUACAGGUCAAUAGAAGAACAGGCUAGGAAACUGAGUGAGGUCGUCGAGUUUUAUCAGGCGUUUGUCCAGUUUGUCAGUGGAAGUGAUGAGGAAAGCAUUGGAGAUGUGUGUCCAUUGCUGAAGUUCCUUACGCAGCAUGGGAACACAAGGGUGUAUCAAUGGAGGACAGGGAAGGUACCAGACAGGGUUGAGGAGGUCAAACUAAGCUUCCUGGAAGAAGAGGAAGAAACCCAAGAAGAUGAGAUUGAUUUCAGUGGCAUUGAACUGGACACAGGAGAGAUAGACUUUGGUGAUUUAGGAAUUUCAAUAGAGAAUGAAGGUGCUGAAACUAUAGACUUCGAUAUAGAGAUUAAUGACAGUAUAACAACUGAAGGUGAGGAGGGUGUGGCUCGUGGUAAUGAUGCUCUAUGUCUGUUCGAGCACAUCCCAACUAGAAACCAGUUCAUCAAUGAAGUCCUAGAGCUACAAGCAUUUCUAGGGCAGCGCAAGGUAGAGAUGGAGGGAGAUACAGAUGUUCUUACCUUCAACCAGUUCCAAACAGCGCCCACUGUAGUCAAGACGAAGACACUCCAUUACAUCACCACCAUGCUGGCCCAGGUGGAUGAGAUCUACAACCGACUGACAGAGACGAGAAUGCAGCAUCUCUUCCUUCUCAUAGGAUCUCCAAAAUAUGUAGACAGACUGGCGGACUCUCUCAAGCAGAAGGUUUCCCUUGAAGAGAAGAUGUUAGCCUCAAGAGAAGCUGUGAAACAAAAACGAUUGGACUGUCUGGAAGACCAGACUAAGCUUGAGCCUAGGGUAGAUGCCUUGGUUGGACGAACAAGGGAGUUACAGAAACAGAUUGCAGGUGACAUUUCCAAGAGAUACAAGAACAGACCAGUCAAUCUUAUGGGUGCCAUCAACUCACUAUGACAGGAUCAAAAGUCUAGGUGUUUGUCAGAUUUAUUAAUAUUAUAUUUUUAUUCAUAUCAUCUCAUGAUCCAAAAUACAUGUAUGCUAUAAAUCAGCCAGGCAGCAUGCAUACCUCUAAGAGGUGCCUGGAUGAAAUCCAGAAUAAUUGUCAAAUCAAAAUGAAAAGCAAAUCACAUUCCCAAACAAUUUGUUGAGUAGGAACUAUAUAUUUUUGUUUACCAUGUAAUUUCUAUUGUUGCCCUUACUGAAGGAUAAGAUCAUAAAAGGAGGCUAAGUGGUAGAGCAGGGAUCUCAUAACACAGGUUUAAAACAUGUCAAUGAGCUAGUGCUCUUUGGAAGGCAUUACUAAAUCUGUGGUGUAGUGGUUCAAGCCAUAGAUCCACUCGUUGCUUGUCUACAAGCAUAUACGGUACCGUGGUAGGUCUUCUAAAGAAGUGUUAGCAACUUUCAUUAUAAUAAGGUCAUUUUACUAUUCCCAAUUUGUGUUUAUUAUUUGUAAGCCCUGGGUCCUGCCUGUUUUAUGAAGAGGCUUGAUUAAUCCGAGGUUAUUUCUGAAUUGUCGCAAGUAGUUUCUUUGCUCCUUAGUUUGUGGGUAAAAUUUGAGAAUUCAUCAAAGUUCAGGGCUCCAUCUUAUGAACAGUUGAUAUUGAUCGCAACUAUGUACAUACGAGAUAGGAGACUUCAAACUUGCGACUGAUAAGAAGUCUUGCAAUUGAUUUGGAUCAAUUACAGCUCUUUUUAAGACAGGGCCCAGGUAGAUCCUAUCCAAGUGCCAAUCAUCCUGGAUAAAUGACAUCAUGGGCGGGGUAGCUCAGGGCAAGCAAAGAAGUCAGAUCAGAUAUUUUUGUUUUAAUGGAAGUUUAGAGCCUAGCAGAACAAACGUACAACUUGUGUAGAGGCUGAAUUGAACCAAAGUUGCAUCAUUAUUUUUGUCACCAAAUGGGACUGGAGAUCUCAAUUCAUUCUAAAAAUGCCUCUAAUGUAUGUAUAAUUUGCACGUAUCCAUUCCAAAGUACAAGUAGGUUCUUCAUAUGCUAUUCAUGGUAUUAGUUUCCAAAUAAGAUUUGCCUCAUCAUCUAGAUGUGUUUUCAUGCUGUGUCAUUGGAGCUGAGUGUAGCAUGGCUUACAAUGGGACAGAGAUGAAUCUUAGACUGGUAAAUUUUUUAUCACUAGUUUUGAAAAGAGAAAAUCAAUAUCAGUGAGCAGCCACAUACCCAUAGGUAACCCUUAUCACACGCUAUAGUAAUUUGGGAAAAGGUCACCAGUUAUCAUUAGCGUAUUUGAUGAACUACUUUUUGAAAUACAGCAAAAGAUAUUCUUUUCCCUUUUCAACUUCCUAAGUAUAUCUGUUGCCUGUGAUUUCUCCAUCGAUAAUAUUAUGUUUUAUUUGUUCAAAUCUGCACAAGCAAUUUCAGUGAAAUUACAGUGAGCAUGCCAUUGUUAUCCAGGUUAUGUGCAAUAUAUUUCAAUUCCGAAUAGACCCCCUUGUUUCACUUUCGUUUUGAGAAUUCUCAAGAUUCAUCUCUGAUGGUCAUGUAUUGUUGUUGUUGAUGUUUUUUUCCAGUCCCUACGUAAUAGUGACAACUAUACCUUACAAUGAAAACACAAGGGAUGACCUUAUAGUUUUCUACCCACUUUCUCAUGUUCUGUGCUGUCAGAUAUGUAAGUUAUUCUGGUUCUGUAUAUACACAUGUAAAUGUGUUUCUGUUUCAUUCAGAUGUACGACUCGUACAUGGCAUACAUUGUCUUAGUGCUAAUGCUUCUGAGGCCUAUGUUCAUUCAUUUCUUCCAAUAUGAACAUAUGAAAUAAAUAUCUUUGUUGUAAAAUCAAA